GAGGGACCAGCUGUCACUCACCUGCGUACUUUUACUUCCCCGUAAGGUCAAGAGGAAAGAAGCAUGGCCGCUGUGCUAAGAGGGUCUGUGUGCCUAGUAGGAAGGUGUCGUAAACAUGUUGACUUUGCGUGCGUUUUCACAAGGUCUAUGGCCUCAAAGACACAAGUGGGGUUUGUUGGUCUGGGAAAUAUGGGAAAUCCAAUGGCAAAGAAUCUGCUGAAGCACGGGUACCCAGUCAUUGCCACAGAUGUAUUCCCAGAGUCCUGUAAAGAGAUACAAGAACUGGGUGCUCAGAUUGUGGAUAAUCCUGCAGAGGUUGCAGACAAAGCCGAUCGUAUUAUUACCAUGCUUCCCUCCAGCCCUAAUGUCAUUGAUGUCUACACAGGACCCAACGGCAUUCUCAAAAAAGUAAAGAAAGGCUCCCUGCUGAUUGACUCCAGUACCAUUGAUCCGGCUGUUUCUAAAGAGAUGGCUGGUGCUGCUGAGAACUUGGGGGCAGUUUUUAUGGAUGCACCUGUAUCAGGAGGUGUAGGCGCUGCCAGCUCAGGUAAGCUGACGUUCAUGGUCGGAGGAGCGGAGGAGGAAUUUACUGCAGCCAAAGAGCUUCUCAGCUGCAUGGGAGCCAAUGUGGUUUACUGUGGUCAGGUUGGAACGGGACAGGCUGCAAAGAUUUGUAACAACAUGCUUUUAGCCAUAGGAAUGAUCGGGACUUCGGAGACAAUGAAUUUGGGGAUCAGACUUGGACUAGAUCCCAAACUUUUGGCCAAAAUAUUAAACAUGAGUUCAGGCCGCUGUUGGUCAAGUGACACCUAUAACCCCGUGCCAGGAGUCAUGGAGGGAGUCCCGUCUGCAAACAACUACCUGGGAGGUUUUGGCACGCAGCUGAUGGCUAAGGACUUGGGCCUGGCACAGAACACAGCCACCAACACGAGAACUCCUGUCCCUCUCGGCUCCUUAGCCCACCAGAUCUACCGUAUGAUGUGUGCGCGCGGUUACGCCAAUAAAGACUUCUCCUCCGUGUUCCAGUUCCUGCGCGAGGAGGAGGGCCAGUAGCAUCAGCUUCCCCCACCCCGUCCGCAACGUUGCCACGUGCCUCGCGCUGCACAGGACUAACAUAGUGUGUAGUUAGGGUACAUUUGGACACACAGACUUUAUUUUGCCCAUAGUUAGGAAAAACAUGAAGCCCUAGAGAGCCCCAGCACAGUCUGAUGGAUAACUUGAGCACUUCUGUAAUGUUGGGAAUUAGGCUUCAUCUACAACUAAGCCUUUUUUUUAUAAAGAGACGCUCCUUUCUGUUUUAACCUCAUGUGAAAUGUCCCUUACAUGCAAAGGAACAUCCCAGAAAGUUUGACUUUUAUUUCUCUGUGAAGGCUGAACAACUACAGUGUGGUUUUAGUCUCUACAUAUCUGUCGUGUGUUUAUUUCUUUACAGUGUUCUUCCUGUUCAUAUUAGAUUUUUCUGUUGACAUUAGAGUUGUUACUUUUAAAUGUAAUACCCUGUUGAAUAAACACAAAUGACUCACUCUCUUGAGCUUUGUACCAAAUAAUUUUGGUACAAAGCUCCCUCCCUGAAAUGAUCAUGCCAGAAACAAGUAAAACAUUUAUUCUGAAAGGAU